CGGGAGUUGGCAAUACUGUCUGAGUGGCUGUCAGUGUGCUGAGCGGGCGGCGCGGCGCGGGCGCAAUGUUUUCCUUGGCUAUUGUAGUGCUGUGUCUUUCAAACUCGAAUUUCAGUGGCAAUCUCAGAGUGGUCACCUUAUUGUUUGCAGCCAUAGGGCGUCGUGGAGGCGUGACUGCUGAGGGAGAGACAAGCACACGAUGAGCUUUAUGCGGCACAGAUCCAGUGCUGCCAGCCAUCAUGACAGACUCUCCUACAUCCAUGGGCCAGAUCAGUCAUACAGCACAGAAUGUUUAUACACUUUUGAUCCUCGAAAAAACUUGAACGAUUUAUUCCAAUCUGUCUCCAUGGAAAAUGUGUGUAUGGAGAACCUGCGUGUGUACCUGCGGGUGCGGCCCAGGCUGGAAGGAGAGGUGCAGCAGAAUGAGGACACACAAGUGGAUAUCAUAGAUGACCGCAGUGUGAUCCUUACAGCCCCUACCUGCUCCAACACCUUCAAAAACAGUGUACGAGGCAUCUCAAAGCUCACCCAUAAAUUCACCUUCACUCACGUGUACGGGCCAUCCACCACCCAGGAGGACCUCUUCCGUUCCUCAUCUUUAAACCUCGUCACAGACUUUGUCAGCGGCCAGAACUGUCUCCUUUUCACCUAUGGAGCCACAAAUUCUGGCAAGACAUUCACAGUACAAGGAACACCGGAGGAUGCCGGACUGUUGCCCCGCACAGUACAACACAUUUUCAAUCUUGUCGGGGAGAACCAUUAUCCCAGGAAUGACCUUAAGCCCAAGUUUUGCUGCAAAGUAACACGUCUCGAGGAGCAGGAUGUCAUUAAGGAAGAAGAGAAGAGGGAGAGUAUUUUUAAGAUUCCAUCCAACCUCACCACUACAUUUUCACAAUCCACUCUGAGCAUUCUCAAAGCAUCAAUGAGUGAGGACAGUGUAAACACCACUGAGUGUAGCACAGCCUCCCACAACACCACUGAGGCUGGAGUGUCUCCAGUUUUGGACUCUACCAAUGACACCACUGGAGACUUGACUGGUCUGGGCACCACUUUAUAUGCUGUGUUUGUCUCCUUUGCGGAAAUAUAUAAUGAGUACAUAUUUGACCUCCUGGAAAAGAUACCCAUGUCAAAAGGGAAACGGAACCCCCUCAUGCUUGGAGAAGACUAUGAUGGGGCUGUCUAUAUCAAAGGUCUGAAUGAGGUACGAGUGAGGACAGCUGAGGAGGCCCUGCAGCUUGUGAAUAUUGGCCGCCAGAACCUACACUUUGCUGCUACCCGCCUCAACCACAACUCCUCCCGUUCACACUGCAUCUUCACCGUCAAACUGGUGCGCUUGGCAGAUGCAGACAACCCACACUUUGCCAGAGUCUCAGUAAUGUCGUUGUGUGAUCUGGCUGGUGCAGAGCGAGCAGCCAAGACCUGUAGCACUCAAGACCGCCUCAAGGAGAGUGGCAACAUCAACACUUCCCUCCUCACCCUCAGCAGAUGCAUUGAGGCCCUCAGGUGUAAUCAGACACAGAAGGGCAGUAAGAAAGUGCCUGUGCCGUACCGUGACAGCAAGCUGACACGGCUCUUUCAGUCUUUCCUCUUAGGCAAGGGCAGGGCAGCCAUGAUUGUCAACAUAUCCAAGAUGCCGCUGCUGUUUGAUGAAACGCUCCAAGUACUCAAGUUUUCAGCUGUUGCAAAGCAGGUGGCCAUCACUCAGGCAAGGGAGUCAGAAAUGCAGGUGGUGCAGCCAAGCCGGCGUGUGAGUCGGCUCUCCAAGAUGGUACGUCAGUCCCUCAAGGGUAACGGCAGACUCUCAGUGCCCUGGGCCAAGGGCAAGGGCUCCAUCACAUUCGGUGAGAGUGUGUGUGAGGAAAAAGGGGAUAAAGAACAAGAGAUUGAGCAGGAAGAUCUCCUUGAGGAAGAUGAAGAUGAUGAUGAGGAGGAUGAACGGAUUGAGGGUCUCAUCCAACUCAUUAACAAGCUAAAAGAGGAGCUGGUCAGGGAACAUCAAGAAAAACUGGACCUUGAAGAACGUUUGCGACGGGAACUUUGCAAAGAGUUCUCUCAGCAACUGGUGGAAAUCCAGAACUCUUGGAGCCAGCGAUUGAAAGACCAGGAGAAUCUGUAUGAGGAACUUACUGAGUGCAAGAUUCAGGCGCUCAUGAAGUCUGUGAAGAAGUGCAAUAAACGGAUGAGGUGUGAGGAGGAUCCUGAUGAGGAGUAUGUUUCCUCAGUGUUUCUCUUCAGAGAACAACAAAAAGUGGCACAACAAAAGCAAGAGAUUGAGGAGCUGAAGGCAAAUGAAAAUCUUCUCAAGGAGGAAGUGAAAUCCCUGAAGGAUUCCCAGAAGAAGAUCAAUGAAAUGGCAACGCAGGCUAAAGAGGAGAAGUCAAGGCUCACCUUCAGGCUGGCACAGCUCACCACCACCUAUGACAAAGUGGUGCAGGAGUUGGAGGAGGCCAAGUCCCUGAGUGUGUCUGCCAGCCUUGACAACACAGAGGUCAUUCAGGAGCUCAGGGCUCAGCUGGAGAAGAGGAGUGCCCAGCUGGCAGAGCAAGACCAUGAGAUUCAGGAUCUGCAAACUAUGCUGGUGGAGGCUUCAGAAUAUUGUACUAGCAAAGAGGAUUUAUGUUCCAACUUAGAGAAGUUGCUGGAAUCAAGUCGACUGAAGAAUACUCAACAUAUGAUGUACAUCAAUGAUGUGGAGAGCCAGCUGGAGGAAAGCAGGAGCAUGCUGAGCCAACAGGCAGCACAGAUGGAGGAGCGAGAACAAGACAUUGAGGAUCUGCGCCAGCUGUUGUCUCAAGAAAGGAAAUCCAGGAAGGAAGAGUUGUCGAAGAUGGAAGAGGAUUAUGUCAGAGAGAAAAGCAAGUUGCUUCUGGAGGUGGCAGGACUAAAGAGGAAUAAGCCAGCAGAAAAUAGUGGCAAUGGUGAGGAAGUCAAGGUGCUUGCGGAGAAAGUCUCUCAGCUCCAGGAGGAGAAGGAGGCACUGAAGAAGAGUAGUGAGAGUGUGAGAGAGAGACAGGAACAAGAAACCAUAGAAAAAGAUAAACACAUUAAAUCAUUAGAAGAGGAGUUAGUCAUGAUGAAAAAGCAGCUAUCUCAGAAAGAGACUGACAUCAAGAAAGAAAAAGAGGAAAAAGAAAUAAAAAUAGAUGAACUUAAGAAGAUUCAAGAGUCUGUUUUACACCAGGAAGAACUGAAAGGAGAAAAGGUGGCAGAGAUAGACAGACUGAUGCAGGACAAUGAGGCACUAUCCAGUCAAGUCCAGUGCCUGAAAGCUUGCAAUGAAGCACUGAAUAGUGAAUGUGAAGAUAUUAAGAGCUGCUUGAAAGAGAAAAAGGAUGCUGAAGUGAAGUUGCAAGAGGACUUCACUGCAUGCAAUUCUAAAUUAGAGGAGUUAGAAAAGGCCUAUGGAUCCCUGAAGAAGAUGGAAGAUGCUAAAGUGAAGCUCCAAGAGGACUUAGAUAAGAGUACAGCUGAAGUACAGGAGUUGGUCAAGGCCAAUAUCUCUCUGAAGGAACAAGUGAAUGCCAAAGCAGAGAUGGAGGAGCUGCAGAGAGCACAUACCUUGCUGAAGAAAGAAAUUGAUGCAAAAACAGAGCUACAAGAAAAUCUGAAUACUUGUCAAAUGCAACUUGAAGCAUUGCAAACUACUCACACUUCCCUGGAGGAGGAAAAAGAAGCCUUGCGACAAAAACUCCAGGACCAGACAAACUUACUUGAAAAAUUGAAGGCUGAAAGUGAAGCAGAGGCAGGCAAGAACUCUGCCAUGUGUGAGAAGCUGAGGGCAGAGAUUGAGGAACUGAAGAUGAUGAAAGUUGGGCAAGAUAAUGCAGUUCAGGAAGUGUCUGAACUCAAAGUUAGGCUGGAAGCACAGGUGGAACAAAUUAAAGAGGAGAAAUCUCAGGUACAGAUCCAAGUGGAAAUGUUGGAGCUGGACAAGAAGAAGAUGGGGGAGAGGCUUCAUAACCUUCAGGAAGCCAGUCAUCUCAAAGGCCAGCAGGCACAGAUUGAAAUAGAAACACUACAUGAACAAAUAGAAAUACUGAUGAAGGAUAAAAUAGCACUGGAAGCCAAAGUGGAGGCUGCCCAAAGACAGACUCAGGAACAAAUCAGUCUUGUGCAGCAGAAGCAAGAAGUGAUGCAGGCUCUUUCCUCAAAGAUUGAAUCCUUGGAUGCUAAGUUGAACCGUGCAGAAGAGGAAAAAGAGGAUAAAAAGCAAUUAGAGGAAGAAGUGAAAGCUUCCAAAGCAAAGAUUAUCAGACUGGAUACAAAAUGUGAACUGCUUGAGAAGGAGGUCCUAGCGCUGAGGGAGGCCAGGCAAGCUGAGGUGCAGGAGUCUUUCAACCGUACAAAGGACCACGAGGAGUUUGCACGACAGAAGGAAGCAGAAAUCUCAACCCUCCAGCAAGAGGUUAAGAAGCUCCUGCAGCAGUCGAUGUGUUCAAGCAGAAGUAGCAUUGCCGACCCACCUCCAGUGAAGGCUGAGGUGGCAGGGCUGAGUGACGAGAUGCUCAACCUCAAGGAAGAAUUGAGGCUUGCUGUGGCUCACAACAGCACUUUGAAAGAGGAGGUGAGCAGCCUCAGGGAUCAGGUGGCUAGGCAGUCCACCUCUUCAGACGUCCGUGUCCUUCAGGUCUCAUCAUCCAAACCUUCACAAACGAACCGAAGGGAUGCGAGCACGUCGGAUAAGGAAGGCUUUGUCACUCCAGUCCCGAAGGAACGCAAAGGAAGAAGAGGCAGACCUGCUACACAAACGUCAAAUAUCUCAGCUUGCCUGGACUCUUCUGUAGGGGAUGAGAGGCAGUCCUAUGCCUCUCCAGUAAUCUCCUCACCUCCGCCAGCCCCCACCAGCUCCUCUGGGCGGCCUCAACGAACUACCCGCCGCACUAUGCGAUAUGACUCAGAGGAGUAUGUGCUGGGUUACAGGCCCAGAGGUGAUGAUGAUAGGGCUUGGGAGCCUCGUCUCAAGGGAUCUGGACGCACCAAGCCACACAAGUCCAAGGUCUCGGGUGUUUCAAAUCCAUCCUGCAAGACCAAGAGAAUAAAAGCAGUAUGGCCAACAAAGCAGACAUGAUCCCAGGGUCAGAUGCCGAGCCAGAGAUUGAACCCAAGACAGGGACAGGUCGCAAGACCUCAACAACAAGACGGAGACGAGUCUUGUACAACUCCGAUGCUUUUGAUGAACCAUUCCUGUGUGCACCCGAGUUGGUCAGUAUCUCUCACUCGCUGCCAGUACGAGUUGAGGCUGAUGGGGAAAAAAUGUGAUAAGUAAAGUGAUCAAAGCAUAAUAAUAAUAAAGCAUGUAGAAUUGAAGAUUGGGAAAACUGAAGUACAAAUCGCUGUCACACAGCUUCUAAGUCACUAACUACUGUCUACUAUAAUUAAUUUUACAAGUAAUAUCAGUAAUCUUAUGGUAAACUUUCUUGGUUCCUGCCGUGUUUGCAGGUUUGUGAGGCACCCGAAGACAGUCCUAUGACCACUGUGCGCCGCCAGCUGAGAAACAAGAAGAAAUGAAUGUGUGCUGCUGCUGUCAGGGUUUCUUGUGCCUUGCUCUCCUCCUUCCCUGUCUCAGUCUUGCAAGAUCAACUUGAUGGUUGCUUUCUUACUUCUUUCUGAAAUAAAAUAUUUGUGUUAAGUUUGGAUGUUUAAUUUUAAGAAAAGUAGAUCUUUAUUUUAUUUUAGAUUGAUUAUUAUUUUAAGCUUAUUUCUUCUGUCUAGAUUUUUCACCGGAAAUAUAUAAAAAAUAGUGUUUAGAAUACAAUUUCUACAAAUAAUUAGUGCAACUGUGCAGUAUUACUUGUGUGUUUUGGAGUGACUGAAUUGUUUGUACUACUUGCUGCCAUGUGUGGUGUGGGUGUAUGAGCUGGUGUGCAAGGCAGUGGUGUGAGGCGUGCUCCGUGUGCUGCCUUUUGGUGAGGUCACGUGCCAUACACCAAUGAUAUUUUUUGUCUUGUAAUCUUGAGUAUGUGUACACUUUUUAUAAAGCCCAACUUUUAUAA